CAAACAACGGCGGCACGACUGUUGGAGGGGAAGACUAGUGAUCAGUGUGCAGCCCACAGAUUAGAGCGUUGUCAAACACACUGUUUUCAUUGGUUGAUUAUCACGGGGCCAGGGAUAAUAUCGCGAACCUGGCUUAGUUUGCCUGCCAUCAAGCAGUUCUAGAGUGGAAGCUCUGUAUUGCUGUACAAAGGACUUUUUGCUCCCUGAACAGAAACAGUGGAACAAGUCGAUCAGUAACAACUCCAAGGGAGGUAACCGAGGUGCACAAUCAUCACUGACAACAAGGAAACCUCAUGUCUGUCAGUGAUUCCGACGUGGUACGCCAUUCGGGUGGCUGUCACUGUGGUGGCGUGCAGUUUGAGGUUUGGGCUCCAGCAAUCCUGAAGGUCAUCAAGUGCAAUUGCACAAUAUGUACAAUGAAGCAAAAUCACCACUUCAUCGUACCGGAAUCCAGAUUUCGACUUAUUGAGGGUGCUGAAAACUUGACAACCUACACAUUUAAUACCCAUAAGGCCAAACAUAUGUUUUGUAAAACGUGUGGAAUACAGAGUUUUUAUAGACCCCGGAGUAACCCUGACGGCUACGGUGUCAUGCCCCAUUGUCUAGUUCCAGGGACCGUAGACAAAAUAGAGUAUGAAAGCUUUGAUGGCAGAGAAUGGGAGUCGUCCAUGGCGAAACACCCGUCCAUUAGCGAGCGUUCAAAACUGCCUGAAUAAUUACGCCUGAAAUAAUUAUACAUUGUUAUCUCCCCCUGCUUUGUUUCAUUUCAUCCUUAGUUAGGCUUCAAAUUGA